AUGAGGCUCAAGGGAAAAUCUUCGAGUGGGAAGAAAACGUCGUCGGAGGGCCCGACGAGCAUCGAGUCCGAUGGCCGGCUGUUGAAUAUGGAGAGGGUCUCGUCGAUGGGCGAAUUGAGCUCGGCCAACUUCUCCAAUGGCAUCCUUCCCCACCUCGGCGAACAAAGUAAUUACAAGGUCAAGCUAAGUCCUUCCAUCGUCUCCCCUUUCGAUCCCCGCUACAGAGCUUGGCAAACAUUUUUGGUAAUACUUGUCUUCUACACGGCGUGGGUGUCCCCUUUCGAAUUCGGUUUCCUCAGAGGUCCCAAAGGACCUCUUCCCAUCACCGACAAUGUCGUUAAUGGGUUCUUCGCCAUCGACAUUGUCCUAACGUUCUUUGUCGCCUACCUCGAAAAGUCAACCUACCUCCUCAUUGACUCUCACAAGAUGAUUGCUUCGAGAUAUGCAAAACGAGGGCUUACCUUUGAUAUUAUCUCCACAAUACCUUAUGAGCUCGUCCACAGAAUCUUGCCUUCAAAUGUCGAAUCGUACGGCUACUUUAGCAUCCUUCGUCUAUGGCGUCUAAGACGAGUCAGCACCUUCUUUGCAAGAUUGGAGAAAGACAGGAACUAUAACUACACAUUCGUCCGAGUCACGAAAUUUACGUGCGUCACUCUUUUUUCAGUCCAUUGUGCUGCCUGCUUCUUUUACCUUCUUGCCGACAGGCACAAGGACCCAAAGGACACGUGGAUGGGGCUAACGAUGGACAAUCUCCAUCAAGAGCCUCUUUGGGACAAGUAUUUUAUGGCCAUGUAUUGGUCCAUCGUCACACUCGCAACCGUAGGAUAUGGCGAUCUUCAUCCCGUCAACACGGGGGAGAUGGUUUUCGACUUUUUCUACAUCCUUUUCGUUAUGGGGCUCACGGCCUAUAUUAUAGGCAACAUGACCAAUUUAAUCGUUCAAUCAACGUUCCGAACUAGGAAAUUCAGAGACACGAUUAAUGCUGCCUCGGGUUUUGCGAAAAGGAACCGGCUUCCACCUCACCUGCAAGAUCAGAUGAUAGCACACCUGAGCCUCAAGUACAGAACUGACUCGGAGGGUCUGCAACAGCAAGAAACUCUCGACGCCCUUCCGAAAGCUAUUCGUUCGAGCAUAUCGCAUUAUCUCUUCUAUUCCCUAGUGGAUAAGGUGUAUUUGUUUGAAGGGGUGUCGAAUGACCUGCUUUUUCAGCUGGUAUCAGAGAUGAGGCCUGAGUAUUUCCCUCUCAGAGAAGAUAUAAUUUUAGAGAAUGAAGCACCUACUGAUUUGUACAUUCUAGUUAAUGGGGCUGUGGUUAUAGGGGAGCUGAAGACAGGGCACGUCUGCGGUGAAAUAGGCGUGCUUUGCUACAGGCCGCAACUUUUCACUGUCCGUACAAAGCGGUUGAGCCAACUACUACGUUUGAACCGGACUUCACUCUUCAACAUUCUUCAGGCUAAUGUUGCAGAUGCUACCGUGAUCAUGAACAAUCUCCUCGAGCAUCUGAAAGAGUACAAAGACCCGAUGCUGCAAGAAAUCCUGUCCUUCACAGAGCACAUGCUAGCUCAUGGAAGGAUGGACAUGCCUCUCAGCUUAUGCUUUGCGGCCACUCGAGGUUAUGAUCUUUUGAUGCACCAUUUGUUAAGGAGAGGUUUGGAUCCGAACGAGCUCGAUAGCAAUGGACGCAAUGCCUUGCAUCUGGCGGCGGCUAAAGGAUCUUUAGAAUGUGUGCUUCUGCUUCUAGAUUAUGGAGCAGAUCCCAAUGGAAAAGACCUGGAAGGAAAUGUUCCGCUGUGGGAUGCUAUAUUGGGCAAACAUGAGGCUGUAAUAGAAGUGCUGGUGGACAAUGGGGCUACGCUGUCCUCAGGCGAUGUGGGACAGUUCGCAUGCUUUGCGACUGAGGAGAACAACAUAGAGCUUCUCAAGGAGAUUGUGAGGUUCGGCGGGAACAUAGCUCUGCCAAACUCUGCAGGGACCACAGCACUGCACAAGGCCGUAGCUGAGGAUAAGGUUGAGAUCGUUCGUUUUUUGAUGGAGAAUGGGGCUGAUGUGGACAAGCCAGACAGUGAUGGCCUCACCCCAAGUGCCCUGGCCCACAGUCACAGCAUGAAAGACCAUAUCAAGAGUGGGCCCAAGCCCCAGCCCCAGGGUGGUGGCACACCUGCCCUGCCGCCUCACUCAAACAAAAGAUCAGAAUCCACUCUUGAUGCCUGA